CAACUUUGAAAGAGGGAAAAAUAAAAAAUAAAAGAAUCGAACCAAAAAAAAAACAGAAACAAACUCAUAACCCAUAAUUCACUCUUUCCCCUUUCACUUCUUUUCUUUGUUUUUGGUUCGUUUCUUAACCGACGAAACCACCAAACAUUUCAUUCCCUUUUCUGAUUUUGAUGCAUUAAACAUUAAACGACAAUGGACGACUCCGAGAAAUUAACUGCUUUGAAGAAGGCUUAUGCCGAUAUCAUACUCAAUACGGCUAAGGAAGCAGCGGCGAGAAUAAUGGUUUCUGAGAGAAAAUCCACUCGAUUUCAACAAGAGCUUGCCUAUACUAAGGAUGAAGCACUUCGCAUGGUUCUUAGACUCAAACAAAUGCUUGAUUCUAAGGUCAAAGAAGCAGAACUGACAUCAUUGAGUCAGCAAAAGAAGAUCGAGGAGCUCGAAGCUCAGCUCCAGGAAGCUGAGGAAAUAGUUAGAGACCUUAGGGCUGAGUUGCGAGAAACACAGGCGGAGCUCGAGAAUGUCACGAAAAAACAUGAAGCGCAUCCCCCAGUCGAACAAAACAUGAAGGAUGAAAUUGCAGCUAAUGGAAGUUUUCUGCAGGAGAACAGACUUGAACCUUCUGAUGCAACUGUGCAUUCUGAACCUGAUUUACAGUUUGAAUCGGUCUCAGUUUCUGAUACUGUGUGUCCUACUGUAAAUGGAAUAGAAAAUGGAAGUACGUUCUGCGUGUCUCGUGAUCAUGCAAACAGUUUCUAUAUUCAUAAUCCGGAUUUUGCAUCCAUAGUCAUUAGGAGGAAAGAGCCUGAACUCUACAGAAAUGGAUGUACUCAGAGAAUACGAGCACUUGAAAGGAGCAUUUUUGAUGGAAAUGUAUCUGUUGCUGGAGAUUUAGACAAUGCACGGGAUGAAACUUUAGCAGGGGCGCAUGAAGAAGAUAAGGAAGCAACUGUUGCAGCUAAUGGCAAAGCUAAUAUUAUUUGCGAAAAUGAAAAACCAGAUGAACUUGAAGUUGUAAAAGAAGGUGCUGACCUUGUCAAAUGUCUACCUUUGAUAAAAAAUCGGAGAUUUAGGAAGAGGAAGACUCAUCUCUCUAGAUUGCAUUCUCACCGGCUUAAGGAAACAACUAAAGAAUCAUAUUUGUCUGCUAAUGGCAAAGCUAAUAUUAUUUGCGAAAAUGAAAAACCAGAUGAACUUGAAGUUGUAAAAGAAGGUGCCGACCUUGUCAAAUGUCUACCUUUGAUAAAAAACCGGAGAUUUAGGAAGAGGAAGACUCAUCUCUCUAGAUUGCAUUCUGACCAGCUUAAGGAAACAACUAAAGAAUCAUAUUUGUCUGCUGCCAAAGAUUCUCCUCAUGUAUUGGAUGACAAUGACACUUCCAAGGUGAAUUCUUCUAUAGCACAUGAAAAUGAAGCUCGGAAGAAUCUAAUGUCUCAUGUGGCUGAAGCACCCACUGAUGCAACUGCAACAGUUGAACAACCAGAUAAACUUCAAGUGGUUAAAGCAGGUGGCGACCUUAUCAAAGACCUAGUUCAUAGAAAGCGCAAAAGAUUUCGGAUAAGGAGGACUCGUCGAUCUAGAUUGCAUUCUGAUCUGGUUAAGGAAGCAAAUAAAGAAUCAAACCUGACUCGUGCAAAAGAUUCUGAUCAUGUAUUAGGUAACAAUAACAAUGACAGUUCUACAGUGAAUUCUUCUGUGGCACAUGAAAAUGAAGCUCAGAAGGAUCUAAUGUCUCCUUUUGCCAAAGCACCCAAAGAUGCAACUACAGCAGUUGAGCGAUUGGGAUCUCAUACCAAUACUGAAAAAGGGGAAAUAUUUCUUAAAGGCUGCAGUUCUAAGAACAAGAUUGAAGAUGAUAAGGAAUCAUUGGAUAAAUCAGAUUUGACAAGACAAGAGAGUUUAUCUACUGAAAGUAUAAAGGUUCCGAGCUGUACUGAUGUUGUUGAGGUAGCUGGUGAUGGGUCACCAGAUAAAAUGGACUCAAAAGUAUCCAAUAAAGAUGAGAAAGUUUCUAGUCGAUUCGAAAAUGAUAAGCUUCUCAAGUACACAUUCCAGAGAAAGCGUAAGAAGGGGUCUGUUAGCAGCGGUGAUGUAGGCUGCUCUCCAGAUAAUAGCAGUUCAAAGAAAAUUUGUGGAGAGAAGCAAAAUGGCCAUGCGGAGCCUCAGAAAUCUUGUACAAUGACCGAGUCAUCUCGGGAGAGCCGACGACUAGCACAAGUUGCUCGCCAGCUUAUAUCUUUGUCUGAGAAGAAAUGGUGGCAGUGAGUAGAUUCGUCGUGUAUUGUUAUGAUGAGUAAUGUGCUAUUGUUUCUGGAGUCAGCGUUUUUAUGUUGAUGGAGCUGUGGAACAUGUUAAUAAUAUAAUUAUUACUAUAAUAUUAUCUUCUACUUUCCUUUCAUCCUUAGAUAGCAAUUGCUAACAAUAUAUCUAUAGAACAUUAAUUUUAUAUGUUUUCUUGAUGGCCUUUUCUUGGGUUCAUGUUUCCAAUGCAAAUUUUGCUGAUUACAAGUUA